GACGUGGGUUAAACAUUGCAGUGCAAUAUUUGUUCGGGGCGUGUCUUUGUUCGCCACAGUGGCAUGAACCUAAAAACAUUGAUUUAUUAACUUCGCAUAUGAUAUACUGUACAUGUAACGUUAGCGUUUGGACGAGAUGACUUCUGUGCAAAGAAAGAUCCCAUAUACAACUAAAGCCCCUAUUAGACAGGGCAUAUACAGCCAGGCUGUCGUGGUGGAUCGCACAAUGUAUAUCUCAGGACAGCUGGGCAUGGAUGUAUUAUCAGGACAGCUGGUUGCAGGAGGAGUGCAGGCCCAGGCCAAGCAGGCUCUUAUUAACAUGGGUGAGAUUCUAAAAGCCGCAGGAUGUGGAUAUGAAAAUGUUGUCAAGACAACGGUGCUGCUGGCAGACAUAAAUGACUUCAAUAAUGUCAAUGAGGUUUACAAGCAGUUUUUCACCUGUAAUUUUCCAGCCAGAGCUGCCUAUCAAGUAUCUGCCCUGCCCAGAGGUGGACUUGUUGAGAUUGAAGCAAUUGCUGUGUUGGGACCCAUCACUGACUCCUCCUGACUAGCUGACCACAGCAUGCAUCACAAACUCUGAAUGGUGACCGACAGUGGCCCCAAAUUAGAAAAGCAACUACACUAAAACCCCCAUAAAGUGUUGUGCUAGAAUACAGACAGGAAUCAACAUAAAUACACAUCCCCUACACUAAGAUCAACUGCAGUUAUAUAUACAGUAACGGUGAUUAUUGUAUUACAAAGUAAAAAAUAUGAUCUGUCAUCAAUUUACUUACGUCAUCUAUAAUACCAACAUUUCUGAAUAUAGUCAAAGUUAAACUUUAUUUUUAGUUUCUUACAAAUACACUAUAUUCACAUUGGACUUAAUGACCCCACAAAGACAUUUCACCAUUUCAAGAUUAGUUGCAGCUGCAAGAAAACAAUAAAGAAAUGUUCUAUAACAAAUAAAGGCCUGAUUUUCACAUA